AUGGAUCACUACAGGCAUGGUCAUGAUAUGCCUUACGGACGGCCCGCCAGCCGGUACCAAAACGACAGCACCGCACACACCAAUGGGAAACCACAAAACGGUCGUUCACACUGGCGAGAUAGGCCAAGCAGCAGUUACAAUCGGCACAAAGACCUGUUCAAGGGCGAAACGUACUAUCCACGAGGCUCGCGACUGGCUCAGACGCCCGUCGUGGCUCCUAACAGGACGCGACGACCUGCGCCAGACUUGCGUUACAACACCACGCGUUUCCAUGAACAGUACCACUAUUUCGACCCUGUAGCAAGACGACUGAUACACCAGAACGUCAUGAGGCCGUGGACGUCGGAAAAACUGCCCUCCUCGGGCUAUGUGAUCGUCCAGGAGCCUCAGUCCGCGGGGAAACCCAAACCUGUUCUGAAGGCCAGAACUCCAGAUCAGGCUGCCACAGAUCCUAGGAGCGCAGCCUUAAAUAACCAUACCGUCAAGGGCCACACCCAUAGAAAAGCACGAACACAACUGUCACGACUGCCGCGAAUUGUGUAUGAUAAGCACUCUAUCGGUCCCCCUCCAGCAAACGAGAUCGUGGUGUACCCAAUGGUUCGAGAUUCGCAUAUCUCCGUCCCAGACGCCAUCAUAAAAAACUACUUUUCGACCUUUGGAGAAAUAUCCCACUUUGAGAGCUUUAUCGAUCCCAGCAAUGCUUUGCCGCUGCACGUGUACGUUAUAAGGUUCACGGGUCCACCUGGAAAUUUAGAUGCCCCCUUCAAGGCCGCUCACAAGGCGGCCAAGACAUUCGAAAACGCUCACUAUUUCGUGUCUGGUUUUAAGUUUGCAGUGGUCAUUAACACUGACAACCAAUCGAAGAAAAUCAUUGAUUCUAUUGUGGAGGAGAACGCCAAGCAAGCCGUCAAGAUUCAAAAGCAGGUUGAGAGGCGAAAUGAUAAUAAAGAACUGCCCACUGGCCCGCAAGCUAAAGCUUUACCUCCAGAUCUCGAAAGAAUAGUUCAAGGAAGGCCGUCGCUUUUCGUGUCGAAGAAAGUCAUUUCAGUUCACGGCCUCGCUAUAGAAGAUUUCAAGAUCAAGUUGGCAAAGUACAAGUUUUCCAGGAUCAUCGGUCAUUCAUCGGGAUUUUAUGUUGUUUUCAAUGAUAUCUCCGACGCUAAAGCUUGCAUGUAUGUUGAAUCAGACGUUCUAAGCAUUAAUUCUAGAAGAAGGCGUAAACCCGUUGUAAUAAGGUUUACAUUAAUAGAAGCAAACUUACCUUCACUCGCCGCAGGCCAGCGUGAAGCUCGUCAGAGCCAUAAGAAAGAAUAUGCUUCCAUCGAAGACAUCGUGAAUGCUGCUGCCGAUAUCAUCAUACAAGAUUUAGGCUGGGCGUUAGAGAGGGACCUCAAGAGACGAAUCGUCGGACCCACGGUGUUUGAUGCCUUGAGUCCACAGAACUAUCCAGAAAUCAUAGCUCGAAAAGAAGAGGACGAGAAGAAAAAGCUUGAAUUAAGACGUAUUGCCGCCGAAACAAAACAAAAACGAGAGUCCAAGUCAUCUACCUUCGAUAUAUUCAACCUUUAUGGUGCGCGUUUCAAAACUAAGGGCCUUUUAGGAAAAGGUUUCAUUAGAGACGCCAAGACUCCGAAAGAGUCAGUUUCAGUCUCAGAAAAGGCGGAUGUUGAACUUGUCAAACCUAUGGCCCACUUGCUAAAUGAAGAUUCCAGAAGUAAUACUCCACCAGCUUUCGAGACACAGUUGGACGAUGAUGAUAUGAUGUCAUCCUCUGUUGAGGCUGAGGAUGGACUUCAAGACGAAGAAGACAAUCAAGACGACUUCUCUGAUGGUUUCGAACCUCCCUACAAGAAGACAAAACAUGAGUCUUCCGAAGCGACGACUCCUGAGGCGGAUGUCCAGAAAUUUGUUUCGAACAGUUCGCGGAGAGAGGAGUUAAUCAAAACUUCAGAAAAAUAUAGACCGACUGCCUCUGAGAGACCAACUCCAAUAUAUCCGGUCGACUUGUUUGAAAGCCAGGGCAUCUUGUCAGCUGUGGAUAUCAGAGAUGCAGUUAAGGACGAGGAGGAUUUUGUCAUCCUGAGAAAAAUGAUGAACCCGCCUGCUCAUGCUAUCAGUGGGGAGCAAAAGUUCAAGCUAGGUGUUCUAUUGCACGAACUAAAUCUCGCGUCUCAAGAAAACAAAAAAGUUUUGGCCUUGCAAAACAGCACUAAUGAGAUGGCAUUUGAUGAUUCUCUCAGAAGCCCAGCAGGAAGCUUCAAGGCCGAAGGGUUCAAAAAAAUAAGUGACAGGCUGAAAAACUGUUAUUUACCACAUAGAAGAAAACUACAUCAACCGCUCAACACUGUGUACAACCACCAAGAUGCGGCAGAAACCAACUCCGACACGCAUCGCUUAGAAUCGGAAAAACCAGAGUUGGAAAAUCACCCCUCAGAGAUAACGUCUUCAAGAGUGAACAGGGCAAUGAACAGACGUUUCCAGCAAGAUAUAGAAGCACAGAAAGCGAUCAUUGGUUCGGAAUCCGAGCUUCUUACACUCAAUCAGCUAACAAAGCGGAAGAAACCGGUAACGUUUGCUCGAUCUGCUAUCCAUAACUGGGGCCUUUAUGCUCUGGAGCCCAUUGCUGCAAAGGAAAUGAUUAUCGAAUAUGUGGGAGAAAUGCUGCGGCAACCUGUGGCUGAAAUGAGGGAACGGACGUAUCUGAAAUGUGGUAUUGGGUCCAGUUACUUGUUUAGAGUUGACGAGUCAACUGUGAUUGAUGCCACUAAAAAGGGUGGUAUAGCAAGAUUCAUUAAUCAUUGUUGUGAGCCCAGCUGCACGGCCAAGAUCAUCAGAGUAGAUGGAAGGAAGAGGAUCGUCAUCUAUGCAUUAAGAGACAUAGCAGCCAAUGAGGAGCUGACUUACGAUUACAAAUUUGAAAGAGAAACAGAUGAUGAAGAAAGGCUGCCUUGUCAUUGUGGUGCCCCAUCUUGCAAGGGCUAUCUUAACUGA